CGCGCCUCAACCGUUCUUCGCCGCCCUGCCGAGGACCCUUCCUUCCUCGUCCGCCCACGAAUUUCCGGCCAGACCAUCCUACACCGCCCGUCCGGGACACGCGCCCGCCUCUGCCAAGAAUUUCGCCUUCUCCGGCGCCGAUCCCGCCCAUUCUUGUGCCGCCGGCAGGCCAAGGAUGCGGAACCUUCUCACGGAUUCGUUUGAGCUCGGCAAACGGGGGCAGUCCUCAGGAAAUGUCGACAUCGAGCUUGGAUUGCAGGGUGACCUGACUAGUUCUGCGCAGCCAGGUUUUGAGGGAUUCUAUGAACAGGUCAAAGAGGUUGAAAGCUUGCUCAACACAUUGACAAAGUUACUGAAGGACCUUCAGAACUCAAAUGAGGAGUCAAAAGUUGUCACGAAGGCAUCUGCGAUGAAAGAGGUAAAAAAACGCAUGGAGAAGGAUGUCAAUGAAGUGACAAAGAUUGCACGGCUGGCAAAAUCAAAAGUAGAGCAACUGAACAAAGAUAAUGCUGUGAACAGAGGAAAACCAGGAUUUGGCAAGGGAUCGGGUGUGGACCGAUCCCGGACAACAACCACUGUCGCAUUGACAAAGAAGUUGAGAGAACGUAUACUGGAGUUUCAGACAUUACGAGAAGAAAUCCAGCAGGAAUAUCGUGACGUAGUGGAGCGUCGUGUUUUCACUGUGACGGGGGAGCGUGCUGAUGAAGAGACAAUCGACAAGCUGAUAGAAACAGGCGACGGCGAGCAAAUCUUUCAGAGAGCGAUUCAAGAGCAAGGGCGAGGAAGGGUACUGGACACGCUGCAGGAGAUCCAGGAGCGCCAUGAUACUGUGAAAGAGAUUGAGAGGAAGCUUCUUGAUCUGCAGCAGAUCUUCCUGGACUUGGCUGUGUUGGUUGAAGCUCAAGGUGAGAUGCUGGACAACAUUGAGACGCAGGUCACAGGUGCAGCUGAACAUAUUCAGACCGGAACAAACCUUCUCCAGAAAGCGAAGAAGCUGCAGAAGAACACACGAAAAUGGACCUGCAUAGGCAUAAUCAUCCUCCUCAUAAUCAUUCUCAUCAUUAUCCUCUCCUUGAAACCAUGGUCCUGGGGUAAAUAAGCAGCAAACAAGAAGCGUCGUUCCCAUGUUGGUUUUGGUUGAUGAUAUUACCUAUAGUAUUCUUGUUAUAGCUGUGCAUAUGUCAGAAGGUGCUGUACAUCGUAUUGCAAUCUUUGUUUUUUUUUUCCUUUUGGAAGAGAAACUUUGGGUGUGAACUUUCAGAUUUUGCUUGAUUCGAAUUUGCUGUAUUGGUUGUGCAACUAAAGGCCUACACAUACUGGUUUCUUGGG